AAUAUAUAAUUCUAGUAGAAUUUUAGUAAUACAUAAUAAUUUGAGGUUAAGUGUAGCAUGUUUUAAUAAAUAAGUAUAUUCAUGAAAUACAAAAAUUAAACACAAUGUCUCUUUACGAUGAUUUUGAUAAACAUCGAACAUCAGAAAAAGUAGCUGGAUGGUCAUCCAGUAUUAAAUUAUUACAAUCUCAAUUACAGUUAAAAAAAGCCGCGACUACACAGCCGAAACGUGAACAAUAUAGAAAGGCAACAGCGGUGCUAGCACCUGUAAUAGACUUAAAAUCAAAAGCUAAUAGAAAUGCAGAUAGAGAUGAUGAGGGUCCACAUAAUAAUCCACUUUCAUCUGGUACUGUUAGUAGUAUUGGAGUAGGUGGUGAAUUUGAUUGGAAUGUAAUAAAUGAAUAUGAUCCUAUGUGGCCUAAUGAAUAUGAUAAAGUUGUCAAAGAAUUAAGAGAUUUACGUGAUAGAGAACAUGAUCAAGAGACUGAAAUGCGUAAACGCAGACGGGACAGUUCACGUUUUGAAGAUACACAGACUUCUUCUGGAAAUAGUACAAUGAUCCCUCCUGAAAGAGAUGAGGAGAGAACUCCCACAUCAAGAGGAAUUGCAGGAGGAGCAGCUAUAGCUCCACCACCUUCUUUACAAGAAUCUUCUGAUCUUCCACCUCCAGCACCAAGACCUCCAACUAGCAUGGGAUAUGCUACAUCAUCAGUAGCAGCAAAAAUAAUGGCCAAAUAUGGUUUCAAAGAAGGACAAGGACUUGGUAAGAAAGAACAAGGAAUGUCUGUUGCUUUACAAGUAGAAAAAACCAGUAAACGAGGUGGAAGAAUUGUUGGAGAAAGAGAACAACUUAUGCCACCACCACCACCUGUUGCUGCUUCUCCACCUCCACAACAACAAAUUAUUCCUCCACAACCUUCAGAAGAACCUAGUAUUACAGAAAUAAUGAAAUGUCCAAGUAAGGUUGUAUUAUUGCGUAACAUGGUUGGUCCUGGAGAAGUGGAUGAUGAUCUUGAACCUGAAGUUAAAGAUGAAUGUAAUACAAAAUACGGCGAUGUUGCGCGUGUCAUUAUCCAUGAAGUAACAGAAGCUGCUCCAGAAGAAGCUGUUAGAAUCUUUGUGGAAUUUAAAAGAAUAGAAAGUGCUAUUAAAGCUGUAGUUGAUUUAAAUGGACGUUUUUUUGGUGGAAGACAAGUUAAAGCAGGUUUUUAUUCCAGUGAAAAACUUGAUAGUUUACAAUUAAUGGAUUAAUUUCUUAUUUAAUAAUUUCAUUUAAUAAAUGCAUCUUAACAAAUA